AUGGUGGCUCCUAGUCCAGAUUUACCAAUGGUGCUCACCAGAUUGCAUUACAUUGUAGAUAAGGAUUGUGGAUAUUGUGGGGGAAAGAAAGAGGAUCACUCUGCAUUAGAAAGUGGGAAGCAAGAUGCAUCAUCGGAGUCUGUCAUUUUGGGUACUUCUGUGGAACAAAUGACGUGCAGACAUUACGAUGAGUUAGUAAACCAAGGAUUUAGAAGAUCGGGAUCGUUUCUAUACAAGCCAGAUUUACUUCGUGGCUGUUGCCGAUUAUACACCAUUAGAACCAAUAAAGCAUGCUUAAAACUCAACAAACAACAACGGAAGGUGGUCAACCGGUUCGUAAGGGAGAUUGCACCUCAAUUGGAAGAAGGUAAAGAAAAACACAAGAACCAAGCAAAGUAUGACUUGGACGUGCUAGCAUUAGCACAGGAGAAAUCAACCAGAUUCCACACAAGAUUCGAGCCCUCAAAGUUUUCAAAAGAGAAGUUCCAACUAUACAAAAAAUAUCAAAUAAGUGUACAUAAUGACCCACCCGAAAAGAUCACUGAACAGUCGUUCAAAAGAUUCUUGUGUGACAAUCCCUUUUUGGAGAAUGAGAUUUAUGGCACACCGGACCAGUGGAACACGUUAGAAAAGUGGUUCAAACCUUCAGGUGGAGGGAAAAAGAGAAUAGGUCCAACGCACGAGUGCUACUACCUAGAUAAUAAGUUAAUAGCUGUUUCUGUGUUGGAUUUUUUGCCAUCGGGAGUAUCGUCCAUUUAUUUCAUCUGGGAUCCAGACUACGCACACCUCUCGCUUGGUACUGUUUCAGGAAUCAGAGAGAUAUUGAUGUGUGAGAGAUUGGGGUUUGAAUACUAUUACUUGGGGUAUUAUAUCGACGAUUGUGACAAAAUGAGGUACAAGCUGAAGUUUGGCGGGGAAUUACUUGAUUUGUGCAAUGAAUUAUAUGUUCCUUUCGAGACAGCAAAACCAUUCAUAAAAAAUGGCAGAUUGUUUGUCAUUGGCGAUGAAGACGACGAGUUUGUUGAACCAGAGAUGGAAAAUAAUGGACACCCCGAAACAUUGGAAGAAAGCGAGUACAAUGAGAAAACCUUGAUCAACAUAGCAGAGGGUAUAUACGGUAGCAAGGAGGUCUUUGAUACCGCUGAGAACUCUAAAAAAGUAUUGGAACAGAUAUACGGAAUCAAAAGUGAGGCUUCUCCGUUUGAAAUUCCUUCAGUGUUGCCAGGAGCCAUUCCACUUUGGCAGAUUGUGGAAUGGUUUGAGUCUGAAAUAAUUAAUAACCAGUUUCCGGUCAGUUUGUUUCGAAUGAUGACCAGCGAAUUGUUGGAAUGCACAUUUGGCGAACUCAAGCUGAAAGAGAAGCUGAUAGUUGUUGAUUUCAUAAGAGUGUUUGGGUUGGAUAAGGUGCAAGAUGCUAUUAUACUUGUAUAG